CCGCCAUACAGCGACAAGUGACAGAGACAGCCUCACGUCAAUUGCACAACAUCCACCAUGUCGGCCCGUCAGCCAAGAUUCAACCAGCACACGCUGAUCGAUACAACUCCUCUACCUGACGACAUCCCAAAGGUCCAAGAAGUCGGUGCCAGUUCCGCUCCUCUGCUCUCGGCCUCGUUCUUCAUCGGCGCAAGAUGCAAGACAUACAAUGACGACUACAUGAUGUGCAAGGCCGAGGCCAAUGGAAAGGGCGAGCUUGACUGCUUGAAGGAGGGCCGCAAGGUCACCAGAUGCGCUUCCAGCGUCUUGAGCGACAUUGACAAGCACUGCCUUGAAGAGUUUAGAAAACACUGGUCAUGCCUGGACAACAACAACCAGCAACUCUGGCAGUGCAGAAGAUACGAGAGACCUCUUAACAAGUGUGUCUUUGACAACCUGAAGUUGGAGAAGACCAUUCCCGGAACCCCGGCAAACGAGCUCCCAGUUCAUGAGCGCAAGAGACAAACAUAUGCUCACCACAAGACUCUGACUUAAACUCCCUUUCAAUCUGUACGAUACCACAAUUCCAAAUUCACCUUUCGAACGCCAAAGAGAUGAUGCUACUCGAGGCUGGCACUUACCUCGAACCCGACUUGUUCAUAUAACAAAAAUAACUGCUUCGAAUACAACUUGAUAAACCUUCAGCUUUUGCAGAGACCUGUCGUUUUUUCGUGCGCGGAGUCUUGCAUCUUGUCUGCAAAUUCGUAGAAGUAACUACCAUAGAGUACGUUGUCUGCAACUCUCGUCUCUGGCU